GCGACCGGCUGUUUUGUCUUUGAAACGGCACCGAACCGAUGAUUUUGUGCGAAUGCCAUUUGCAUACGUUCAGUGCACAUCAUACGGUACAGUGUCGUUGAGCACGGCAACAAAACAAACCGUCCCGUCGGGACGACCGUGGUGCUCCGUCUAGCGGUACAGCUUCAGUAGGAACGCUGAAUACAUCAAUCGAAUGCGAUACAGUCCGGCCGUUCGGGGCGCCCAGUGAAUGCUUCGCGAUGCGGUGCGCUUUGUUCUGGGCCUUCCGAAGCCGAUUUUGCAUCGGAGAAAAGUGCAUUCGUACCAUCAAGUCUGGCUUGAAUCUAGGUGAAAAAAGGCCCGUGGGCUCAGCACACAUCGUAUGGCAUGCUGUAUGAUUAUGUAAUUAAUAACAUUAUUGUAGGACUCCUGUGCAAUGCUAAUGACAUAAAUUUGAAACUAGGUGCAUUCCAUUCAUAGUGGUGUGUGCUGUAUGUUUGCACGUGCGUAUAAUUUGUUUGAAAACAAAAGAUGGGGACAACGCACCAGGCUGAGUUAUAUCGAAACUGUUUGUGCUGUUUACCAGUCGUCGCCCCAGCCGUCGUCGUCGUCAUCGUCGUCGGCAUCAGCGUUGUUACCUGGUUCGUUGGGAGAUGCCGAAGGCAUAGAGACUGGUUCACCGUCGUCGCCGCUCGGAAGCCGCACCUGCACCCCAGUAGAGCUCGACCCCGGGGAGGCCGGAGCCGUCAGCGCAGCCGAAAGCUCGGCCUUGCUCCGUUCGAGUUCCGAUCGAUUGGCUUCCAAUGAAGCAAGGAGAUUGGUGGCCUCGGCAAUGUUCGAAACCUUCAGGAGAUCAAGGACGGCCCGGGAGGACGCCAAUUGUUCCCCCAGCUCGGACACCUCCAAUGUGUGCUGUUUUUUGGUCUGCUUGUAUUCAUCGUCCCGCUUUGAGGAUUGAUCAAUCAGGGUGUCGAUCUGCGCCUCGAGGUCAGCGCG